CACAAAGUAAUCAAUUUGCCUGUCUCCUGCAGUUGCAGAAGGCAGUUUCUCUCUCACUCUACCACUCCUGAGGAUGAUCACACUUGGACAACGAUACAAGAAUUAGAAGCAGGAAGAAUGAAGGAAAUACUUCAUGGAAUGUUACUCAAGACACGUUCCUACGGGAAUAUUCUGGAAAAAUGUUUUUGGGAUUAUACUGAAGCUUAACCUCAGGAGUUCCUGUGUAAAGGGUAAAAGCCACCAGCACAGGAUUCAGAGUGCAACAAAACAAGCCAAACAAAAAAGAUAUUGGAAUUAACUUCCUGUGUUGCAAGAGGGAGGAAAGAAACAAGAACAAAAAACCCAGGAAAGAAUCCUGACCACAAAAACCAUGCGAGAUCGUCUGCAAGAGUUUAAACUGAGGGUUAAGGAACUACAGAUCGCUGGGGAAAACAAUGGCGCAACUGUACAAGAAGAGGAGCAGGAGGAGUUUGAACAGCAGGCCAUUAUUUAUGAAAAGGAGCCCAUUACUGAAAGGCACUUGCACGAAAUCCAGAAGCUUCAGAACGAAAUUAAUAACCUGGUGGAAGAGGUCGGUAAAUUCAGCCAACAACAAAGAAGCCUCGUGUCUUCAAUGAGGAGGUUCAGCGUUCUGAAGAAGGAAGGUAACCUGGCGAGGGAAAUCAAAAGCCAAGCGGAGCACAUCGGCAGGAGCCUGGACGAGCUGUCCAGGGCGGUGAGGAGGGCGGAGGGCGAGCAGGGCGCGGCCCGAGCCGCGGUGCGCAUCCUGGCAGCCCAGCACGCCUUCCUGUCCCACCGCUACCGGCAGGCCAUGCUCGCCUACAACGGCGCCAUCGCCGCCAAGCAGGACAAGUGCAGGACCUUCAUCCUCCGCCAGCUCGAGGUGGCUGGCAAAGAGCUGUCGGAGGAGGAAGUCAAUGACAUGCUCCAGCAAGGGAAAUGGGAGAUCUUCAACGAGAAUCUACUCACUGAAGCCAAGAUCACUAAAGCUCAGCUGUCAGAGAUCGAGCAGAGACACAAAGAACUGGUCAAUCUGGAGAACCAGAUCAAAGACGUGAAAGAACUCUUUAUCCAGAUCUCAAUUCUGGUGGAGGAGCAAGGGCAAAUGAUCAACAACAUAGAAAUCUACAUGAACAACACUCAAGAAUAUACUCAAGCAUCUAAAGAAAAGUUUGGGCUUGCAGUCAGGUAUAAAAAAAGAAACCCUUGCAAAGUGAUUUGCUGCUGGUGCUGUCCGUGCUGCAGAUGACACAAGAAAUGAACUGCUUAAAAGAGUAGUGGUUCCUCCACACCAAACCCAUCUUGGAAAGCACUCUUGGGAUCCUCAACUGCUUCACUUUUCUUCCAUUUGCCCUUCAGCAGAGCUCUCAGGAAAAACUGCACCCAUUUUUCAAAACAGAGUGAAGAGUUUUACGGUUUUCACAGAAACGAGUGAACCUACAGGAAAGGAUAAAAGGAUAAAAGAGACACUUUUUGGUUCUUCUAAAUUUCUUCAAAAUUUAGAAGUUCUGAAGUUUAGUUUGGUUCUUCAAACUGAAACAGUGUGGCAACAAACUCCCUAUGCUCUUGGGAAGCAUUGAAAAUACUGUUAAUCUCAAA